CCUCAAUUUAUCGCUUGUAUGAUGCAGUCCGAAGAUGAAUCUGAACUGAAGUCGCUUCAUCAAGAGAAAGAAAUUGAGGCCAUUCCACCCAAAACAGCUUGCCAAUGUCAAGUAGAAGAGCUGGCCAAAACCUUGCAGGUUGACUUGGAGAGAGGACUUUCAGAAUUCUCAGUGCUGCACCGCAGAGUCAAGCAUGGUUGGAAUGAACUUGUGGCAGAUAAUACUGAACCGGUGUGGAAGAAAUACCUUGACCAGUUUAAGAACCCUCUGAUCCUUUUGCUCCUGGCUUCUGCUGUGGUUAGUCUGAUUACUAAAGAGUAUGAAGAUGCCGUGAGUAUUACAAUG